CGCGUGCCUCACGCACAAAUUGCGUGAGUUCAAUAUGGAGAACGAAACAAAUACAAAUUGGAAUAAGUUUGAGGUUUUUCGGGUUUUUCACGCUUUCAGCCGAGAAAAGUAGCAAAUUUCCAAGUUAGUUUUCAAAAAUUUACAAAGGCGAAAUUUAGAUGGAAUUUGCUGAGUUCAUUAAAGUUCCCGUCGUACACAAGGUUACAUUGGUUCGACCUGGAUAUUCACGGUUAGAUGGUACGUUAUGUAUCACAGGUCAUCAUUUAAUGUUCUCGUCUCGUAUACAAGCUUCUGAGGAACUUAUGCUUUUACAUCGUAACAUCGAAAAUGUUGAUAAGAGGUUAUCAGAUCAGGGUGCAGUCCUUAGCAUAACUUGCAAAGAUUUCAAUCGCUUCCAGCUUAUCUUCCCAAAUAUGGAGCUUGCUCAGAAGGUGCAGGCAUCUAUUGAACCAUUAUCAAUUGUUGACACUCUUAGUGUUACAUAUCCUUUCUACCAUCAAGCAAAUGCCACUGAGGCCGCCACUGAGAAUGGUUGGGACCGGUUUGGUAUUGAGACUUUUUUCUUGAGCAUGUAUCAAGAUACAGAACAAUGGAGAAUUUCAAAUGUUAACAGUCAUUAUCAGGUGUGCAAUACAUAUCCUUCAAUGGUAAUUGUACCAAGGAAAAUCUCCGAUGACAUCCUCAAGAAGUCGGCUUCAUUUCGCCAACAUGGACGCUUUCCUGUUCUUUGCUAUUUUUUCAAAACAAAAAUGAGUUCAUUAUUGAGAAGUGCACAACCUGCGACUGGGAUAACAACCAGACGAUGUAAGGAUGACGAGAAACUGUUAAAUGAAACUCUGAGCACCGGAACAAAAGGUUUAAUAUUUGACACAAGGAAUAUGUCAGCAAUUUACAACAGUCGAAGUAAAGGUUAUGGUAUUGAACCUGAUUCACAUUAUCAACAAUGGACAAAAGCAUAUGGGAAUCUAGCAAGGCAUAAAGAGUUCACGGACAUGUUUCGUAAAUACGUAGAGGCUUGUAAGGAUCGUCAAUGUUCGAUGAGCACUUGGUUGACGCGUCUAGAGGCUUGUGGCUGGUUCAAACAACUUGAACUCAUCAUAAAUGCUGGUAAUGUCGUAGCUGGGAACUUGCAAAAAGGCUCAACUGUUCUUGUUCAUGGCGGCAGUGGUAAGGAUACAACUCUUAUCGUCAGUUCAUUUGCGCAAGUUUUGCUCGAUCCUCGCUGUCGGACCAUUCAAGGAUUUGAAAGUUUAAUUGUUCGUGAAUGGAUAACAUCAGGGCACCCUUUCAAAGAUCGUUGUAUUAAACUGGGGACAUCAAGUGCUCGCUAUAACGGACAAGCACCAACAUUCCUCAUGUUUCUCGAUGCAGUUCAUCAGGUCAUGCUGCAGUACCAAUGUUCCUUUGAAUUCAAUGAUAAGUUCCUUCAGGUUAUCUUUGAAAAUGCAUACAGCUCCAACUUUGGGACUUUCUUGGGUAAUUGUGAACAAGAGAGAGAAAAACAUAAAGUUCGCUUAAAGACAAUCAGUUUGUGGAAUCAUUUGAAUCAUCCAGAUGUUUUAACGCCAUAUUUGAAUCCAGUAUACGAAGAAAACCCUUCAGUACUUAAACCUUCAUCUGCCUGCCAAACUUUAAGUGUUUGGUCUGGGAUUUUUCUACGUGGUCAUGUUGACCCCAUGAUCGAUGAAGAGGUUUGGAAAAGUGCGAGGAAAAUUGAAAUGAAAAAUAAAGAAUUAAAAAUGAAAGCUUUCGAUCUGAGACGGCAAUAUGUUGAACUACAAGACAAAGUACGCAAGAGAAUACAUAUGGAUAAGCUUGAACAUACUUCAUAAACGUUAUUAUAUUUAACUGACUUUUAUCUUCAAUGAUAACUGUAAAUUUGCGAUUUCUCUUUUGCUAGUUUCUCUAUCAGUUUUUCUAAAUGUUAACCCGGAAAAAUUUCAAUAGUUCUGCAAAAGAUAAUAUGUGCAUCCAUAAACGUGCUGUUACGCCGUUUGCUUUUUCUUGAUACAUCGCAGCGGUCAAAGUUUUUUGCGAGACAAGUUGCAUCAAGUAUUACACAAAGUAUAUGUCAGUUCUACGUUUAGCAAUGAUUAUUUAUUGCAUUGCAGGUCAUAUAUUAUGUCUUCUUGCAACUUGUCUUGCUUUUGUUUUGGAGGUUUCUCCUGGUGUUUCCCAAGUGUUUAGCUAUACGUCGCUAAACAUGUUACAUCAAUGCCAAAAACUUAAACUUCAUAAAUUUUUAAGUUGUGCUGUCAUUUGAGAAAAUGUAUAUCUCAUUUAUUCUGAGAAAAUUGAUAUUGUCCCGCCAA